GAUGACCAGUUAAAUGUAUUUGGAGAAGACACCGUGGGAGGCUUCAUGGAAGAUUUGAGGAAGUGUAAAAUUAUUUUCAUGAUUGGUGGCCCUGGCUCUGGCAAAGGCACACAGUGUGAAAAGCUGGUGGAAAAGUAUGGAUUUACACAUCUCUCGACUGGUGAACUCCUGCGUAAUGAGCUGGCAUCAGAAUCUGAAAGAAGCAAAUUGAUCAGAGACAUCAUGGAACGUGGAGAUAUGGUGCCCUCAGGUGUCGUUCUGGAGCUCCUGAAGGAGGCCAUGGUGUCCAGCCUCAGCAACACCCAGGGCUUCCUGAUCGACGGCUACCCUCGGGAAGUGAAGCAAGGGGAGGAGUUCGGACGCAGGAUUGGAGACCCACACUUGGUGAUCUGCAUGGACUGCUCGGCAGACACCAUGACCAACCGCCUUCUCCAGAGGAGCCAGAGCAGCCCGCGCAUGGACGACACCACCAAGGCCAUCGCCAAGCGCCUCGAGACCUACUACCGAGCAUCCAUCCCCGUGAUCGCCUACUAUGAGACAAAAACACAGCUACAGAAGAUAAAUGCAGAGGGAACACCAGAAGAAGUUUUUCUUCAACUCUGCAUUGCUAUUGACUCUAUUUUCUGAAAGCAAAAAUGCAUGUACGUUAAGGAGAGUGGAGACAGAGAAAAACAUUAAAAGGUUCAUCCCUUAAAAGUGUUUCAAGUUAAACCUUUUGUGUCCCCCUGAACCUGACAUCACUGUUUGCUUCCCAGCUAGACAUGUAUGAGAAAUAUGGAAAUCAUGCAUGGUGUAUUUGGGACUAUUGACUUUUCCUUCAUACUUCAGACAGCUGUCUGCACUCACAGCAUGCACACUUUUUAUCAUGUAGGUUGUACCUCAGAGCUAAGUCAGUAUGUAAACAGCAUUACAGUGCCGGUCUGUGUCAGUGGUGUCCCCAGGACUUGUUGGAGUCUGAUCGUUUGGUUCUACACUCAUCGUAUCAGUGAUGAGAGCAUCUCAUUAGUGAGCAUCUGUAACUUCCCAUCACAUCUUCCUUCCUCUCUCCAAAAUUUAUAUGCUGUUUCCAGAUGGGCAGCAAACCUGGGCAUCUUUAUCAGGUACCUGACUCUGUUUCCUCAACUACUGUCCACUAGUGGCUAAGAGCCAGAGAGUGGGUUGACUAGACAAUGCCAUGUACACCCUAUAGAGGCAUCAAGCAUGUCAAACUUGAAAGUAACUUUUUAAAAAGUGAAAUUAUAUAGCUUUUCCAAACAGCAAAAUCCAGGUUAGUCAUCAGAAACAUUCUCUAUUUUUAGGAAACUGGCUAUGUGUAAUACUAUCUUAAUGACUAAGAGAACAAAUUUGAUAGAUUGUAUAACCUAGUCUCUUCUCUACAUGGUGAUACAUUUCAGCAACUAUAAAUUAAUAUCAAUUACCAAAAGUAAUUUAAAAGCAUAAGAUGACUUGUUAUUUCAUUCAUUGGACAAAUAUCAACUUAGAAUUUUGAUUUUAAAUGAUCACCCAUUUACUUAUUGCCAAGCAAGUAUAAAAAAUACAAUAACAAAACUGAUGCAGGUGAGGGGCAUGUUAGUAAGCAAUGUUUGGCAGAUUCCAAUGUUGUAUUUGUCUCACAUGGGCCCUUUCCAGGACUUUGCAAACCAUACCAUUCCCAUAUGCAAGACCGUGUUUCCUUGCAUCAAACCAGUGAAGUUUGGGUUCUCUUUUGUGCAAUCAGUUGUCAAAUCAGAGCUUCUAAUAUAUUCUACUGGAAUAACUGCAUCUUCCACUCAAUCACUACAAACUACAUGGCUUCAGUUUGCAUGGAUUUUUCUUCAAUGUUUGUGCAGAUAAGGAUCUAUUUCUGGGAACAGAAUUGUAUUUUUAAAGUCUUUUUUUUUUUUUCUUGAAAUGGAUAUGUACAAAUAAAAAAAUGGAAGACAGGA